AUGGUCGUCAACUCGGAUUCCACUUCCAAAACCACCCGGGUCGUCCCCGUGGCCCCCAAGAAGACUGCCUCCAUCGCAGAGAGGUCAUCGGCCGCCAUCUCCGCCCUAUCCUCCUACUUCACCAUCCAACCCACCGGCCCCGUCUCCAUCCCCACCACCCUCUCCCUCUACUCCAUCACCCAAUCCUGCUACACCGUCGCCCGCCAAACCUUCCUCCUCCCCGAAGACCCCUCUUCCCCCUCUCUCCGGCUCCUUCGCCCCUCCGCCGCCAUCGACGCCAUCUUCGACACCGACGCCAAGCUCUUCUUCGAGGACGCUCCCCUCCUCGCCAACCUCACCCCGGACCUCAAGGCCAGCCUCCUCGCCCAGGCCGUCGCCGGCCUCGUCCUCCUCUUCCGCCGCCUCGCCGACGUCCUCGCCGCCGAGGACGACGUUCCUUUCCUUACCCACGACCUCUUUGCCCGCGAGCUCGACGCCUUCCGCCACAGCCCCGAGAGGAUCGCCGCCCUCACCGCCAUCGAGGCGAGCUCCCUCUUCUCCCACGGCUGCCGGAGUCGCGCUCAGGUCGCCCGCCUCGUCUCCCGCGUUGUUGAGCGCGCGGCCGACGAGCAGGAGCUCUCUGAUAUGCUCGAGGAUGCUGGCGUUACGGAAGACGCUGCCGGCUCCCUUGGUUGGACUGUCGAGAGGCCUAGGAACAUGGGUCUGCCGUGGGGUUUCUCCAUCUUGCCCGUCAACUAA